CCAAUAUGGCCGCCUAGUGUCUUCCGGCUGCGCUAUUCCCUCUGACCCCGCACGAUUAACCUUGAGUGUUUCAGCGCUGGGCCCCUAAUCAAGAUGGCCAAGUACUUGGCACAGAUCAUGGUGAUGGGUAUGCAAGUGGUGGGCCGGGCAUUCACACGUGCCCUACGGCAGGAGUUUGCUGCAAGCAGGGCAGCAGCUGAAGCGCGGGGGCGAGCUGGGACAGAGUCAGCGGCAGUCAGCAGCCUGUCUGGCAUAAGCCUUCAGGAGGCCCAGCAGAUCCUAAAUGUCUCCAAACUGACACCAGAGGAGAUCCAGAAGAACUACGAGCACCUGUUCAAGGUCAAUGACAAAGAAGUAGGCGGAUCCUUCUACUUGCAGUCUAAGGUUGUUCGAGCCAAGGAGCGAUUGGAUCAGGAGAUGGACAUUCAGUCAAAGACAGAGAAGCCAAAAGAUGAGACAACACAGACAUGACCCGCAGUUCUGCACCAGGUGCCAGCGUUUGUCCUGCCAGGGGGAUUGCAGUUCACUGAAAAACUGUGCGGGCAAUGCCCUGACCCACAUUCAGACUUUCUCAUUUCUAAUUGAGACAGUAAUAAUUAUUUCUAAUGCUUGCCCCCCAUAAAAGUUUGCUUACUACGCCCACCUUUUCAGGUGCGCAAAAUGCCUUGUGUCCUGGUUUCCUGUUCAGGGAGAAGUCACACUACGUUUGGACCCCUUGCAAAGAUUUGAUGCAGAUUCAGUUCUCUCCAAGCAAAGUUCAAUUGUGUAUCACCCAAAAACGCACAAUAUUGUGUUUGGAGAAAAAGGUUCCAUUGGAACACGCUGUUUGGUUUCGCUAAUGACUUUGGAGACAAUUAUCUUCACCCGCGGUGCCAGAAUACUGCCGUGCGCCAGAUGCAUCAUUGCUGGUUGUUUUUAUGGUCCCAAUAAAGAGCCUCUCACUGAACUGCA